GUUAGAUGAACUUGUGAACAAAGCUUCUGAUCCUCUGAUUUGGCCCUCAUGUCCAGAAAUCAGGUGGCACUUCAUCGGCCAUCUGCAGAAGAACCCCAUGCGUGCCCAACCUGUGUGUGGUGGAGACUGGUGGACUUCUGCCACAGCUGGCGGACCGGGUUUGGAACGACUCCGGCAAGGACCGCUCAGAGGAGCCUCAGCCACCCAGAGGUUAACAGGUCGCAUGGUGCAGCGCUCAACACCAGGCGGAAAAGAAACAGAGUACGUGCUCAAACAUUUCCGGGUCACAACCGGAGGACCGAGGAGUCGAGGAGGGGAAAUUAGAGUAUUGAGAAACCUCUCUUGGCAGUGCCCAGGAGUCAAACUCACCUCUCCAGAUAAACACGGGCUCCCCCCCGAGGACACGGUGAGCACGGUGCAGCACAUCCUGUCCCACUGCGCCGCUCUGGACUUCUUAGGACUCAUGACCAUCGGUCGCUAUGGAUACGACCUCAACCUCGGCCCCAACCCAGACUUUCAGACGCUGCUGGGGAGCAGGCAGCAGCUGUGUGACGGCCUGCAGAUACCUCUGGAGCGGGUGGAGCUCAGCAUGGGGAUGUCAACAGACUUCGACCACGCCGUGAGUAUCGCUCCUCAUCAGCACUUGGAACACAAAUAUCAAAGCAAAGCCAGAUGAAAUCCUUCUUUAGGUACGUUUUUUUUUUCAGGGUCACAAAUUGACGGACACAAAUUACGUAUUUUAGUACCCAGUAUUUAAGCAUUUAUUCAGUCGGACUACGUGAAUUUGAUUAAUUUAUAGAAGUGCAUUACAUAUUUCUUUAUGAAUUUGUAAACCCUAACAUUUUUUGAUAUGUUGUCCUUAUGAAAGAAAUGGUGGAGAGGGAGGGGGGUGGUCCUAUCAUUUUCUAAGUCAAAUAUCCAUGC